CAUCGUUCCCGCUCGCCACGUUGACGGGACAGGCGGAUGCGACAUUGUGUUUGCUCGCCCUUCCAUCUUCUUUUGUUUCGCAUGAAUCGAUAUAAGAUAAGCUUCCUCCGCCUAGAAACACCGCCAUCUGUCAUUUCUCUUUUAUUCUUGGCGGGUUUGUUGCUCGAGCCUAGAGCCAAUUGCUCCACCAAUACAGGUUCCCCUUCGUCCUACAAGUAACUCCAGACCUCGGUAAUUUGUCACAAUUGUCCGUCACCUCUCCUCAUCACAUCACUCUGCACUAGCAUGGAG